AUGAAGUUUGCGUAUCGGUUUUCCAAUCUGCUCGGAGCAGUUUACAGACAGGGAAACUUAAACUUCUCCAGAGAUGGGAACGCUGUCAUCAGUCCAGUGGGAAACAGGAUCUCCAUCUUUGAUUUGAAAAACAACACAUCCGAGACGUUGCCAAUCUCCACCACCAAGAACAUAACAUGUGUGGGCGUGUCUCCGAACGGGAGUCUGGCCAUUGUUGUGGAUGAAGAUGGCGCUGCGCUGCUGGUCAGCCUCAUCACUCGGGCCGUGCUCCAUCAUUUCCACUUCCACAGACCUGUCCACAGCAUCAGCUUCUCUCCGGACGGGAGGAAGUUUGUGGUGACCAAAGAGAACGUGGCUCUGAUGUACCACGCUCCGGGGAAGCAGCGCGAGUACAACGCCUUCGUGCUGGACAAGAGCUACUACGGCCCGUACGACGAGACCACCUGCAUCGACUGGACCACGGACUCCAAGUGCUUCGCUGUGGGCAGCAAAGACAUGUCCACCUGGGUGUUUGGGGCAGAGCGCUGGGCCAACCUCAUCUACUACUCCCUGGGGGGGCACAAGGACCUCAUCGUGGGCUGCUUCUUUGAGAAAGACAGUCUGGAUUUGUACACCGUGAGCCAGGACGGGGCUCUGUGCAUCUGGGAGAGCGACACCGAGCCAGACGGUUUAGUCCUGACCAAGAAACAGAAGAAACCGACCGAGCAGCGAGAGGAAGACGAGGAGGACGAGGAGGAAGAGCGGAUGGAGGGGCAGGAGGGCGAGGUCAUCAGGGGCAAGGUGCACAGCAAGAAAGACCAGGAGCUGACCAAGAACGUCCGCUACAAGCAGGCCAGCAAACACUUCUUUAAUAAAGAGGGAGACUUCAACAACCUGACCUCCGCCGCCUUCCAUAAACCCACACACAUCCUGGUCACGGGAUUCGCCUCCGGAAUCUUCCACCUCCACGAGCUGCCGGAGUUCAACCUCAUCCACUCCCUCAGCAUCUCGGACCAGAGAAUCUCCUCCGUGGCCAUCAACAGCUCCGGAGACUGGAUCGGCUUCGGCUGCUCCCGGAGGGGCCAGCUGCUGGUGUGGGAGUGGCAGAGUGAGUCCUACGUCUUCAAACAGCAGGGACACUUCAACAACAUGGCGUCUCUGGCCUACUCGCCGGACGGACAGUUCAUCGCCACCGGGGGAGACGACGGCAAGGUGAAGGUGUGGAACAGUAACAGCAGCCUGUGCUUCGUGACGUUCACGGAGCACAGCAGCAGCGUGUCCCAGGUCACGUUCACCUCCAGCGGGAUGGUGGUGGUCAGCGCCUCUCUGGACGGGACGGUCCGGGCCUUCGACCUGCACAGGUACCGAAACUUCCGCACCUUCACGUCCCCCCGCCCGGCGCAGUUCUCCUCCCUGGCAGUGGAUGGCAGUGGAGAGCUGGUGAGCGCUGGGGCCCAGGACUCGUUUGAGAUCUUCCUGUGGUCCAUGCAGACGGGGCGGCUCCUGGAGGUCCUGGGGGGUCACGAGGGCCCGGUCUCGUCCCUGUGCUUCAGCCCGGUCCAGUCGGUUCUGGCCAGCGCCUCGUGGGACAAGACCGUGCGUCUGUGGGACAUGUUGGACAGCUGGCAGGUCAAAGAGACGCUGGCCCUGACUUCAGACGGUCUGGCAGUGACGUACAGGCCGGACGGUCAGGAGUUGGCGGUGGCGACUCUGAACGGAGAGCUCUCAUUCUGGAGCCCUCAGAGCGCCGCACAGACCGGCACAGUGUCCGGACGCCACGACCUGGAGCUGGGGCGCAAAGAGACGGACAAGGUCACCGCCAAGCAGACCGCCAAGGGCAAGUCUUUCACGUCCCUGUGCUACUCGGCCGACGGGGAGGCCAUCUUGGCCGGAGGGCAGUCCAAGUUUGUGUGUAUCUAUAACGUGAAGGAGCAGAUGUUGAUGAAGAAGUUUGAGAUCUCCUGUAACCUGUCCUUCGAUGCAAUGGAGGAGUUUUUGGACCGGCGCAAGAUGACGGAGUUUGGCAGUCUGGCUCUGGUGGACGACGGAGCAGGAGACGGAGAGGGCGUGAACAUCAGCCUGCCUGGAGUCCGUAAGGGUGACAUGAGCUCCAGACACUUCAAACCCGAGAUCCGAGUAUCGUCUCUGCGUUUCUCUCCGACUGGCCGGAGUUGGGCGGCCACCAGCACCGAGGGCCUGCUGGUCUACUCGCUGGACGGCUCCAUGGUGUUCGAUCCCUACGACCUGGACCUGGACGUGACGCCGGAGAGUAUCCGCAAACAGCUGCGACUGAAGGAAUGGACCUCAGCCAUCGUGUUGGCGUUCAGGCUCAACGAGAGGGCCCUCAAGCAGGAAGUCAUAGAAACUGUCCCCCACGACCAGAUCGGAGUGGUGUGUGGGACUCUGCCGGACGUCUAUGUGGAGAAACUGUUGGGUUUCAUUGCGUCGUGUCUAGAAAAGUCCGGUCAUCUUCAGUUCUACAUGAGCUGGGCCCAGAACCUGCUCAUGCUGCACGGGCAGAAACUCAAGAACAGAUCGAGCACCAUCCUUCCUACUCUUCAGGCUCUGCAGAAGGCCAUCCAGAGACACUACGACAGUCUGUCCAAGCUGUGUGACUUCAACAAAUACAACAUCCGCUAUGCUCUGGCCCUGUCCAAACAGAGUGGAGGGAAGAGGGCAGUGGACGAGGAAGAGGAGGAUGAGGAGGAUGAAGACAUGUCUGAGGAGAGGAGUGAAGCAUCUGUGGAGGAGGCAGAGAUGAUUCUGUAA